GAGCACGAGGCACGGGACACUCCACGCGUUUUUCACGACGUGAGCACCAGCUACGACAGUCCGCUUGACGACUGCAGACCGCGGCCGGUGUCAGUUUCACCUGGAGAACGAGCCCACGGUGUUUACUCCCGGUACCAGGUACCAUCGUAGACGCGGCGCAAUGACGAGGGGCGCGUUUCCCGGCUCAUCGAUCGCGAUCGUCGCCCUCAUCGGCGUGGCCGCUUACGUAGUGGCCGGACCCGUUCAAGCCGGGCCGAACACGCUGCAACGGGAGGAAUACGGCUCGCCGGCCUUGGCGGAUGUUUUAGCGAGAUACUGGGAGGAGCGAAGUGCGGCCAGCCGCAAUUUAAACGGCGUCGGCGGCAGCGGCGGCCAUCUGCUGAGGCAGACGCGUCGAGGGUUGGACUCGUUAUCCGGAGCAACCUUCGGCGAGAACAAGAGACUCGCACCUCUCAGGCGACCCGGAUGGGUGAACGUGCGGCCCGGUUACUUCGACGAGAUCGACCGGUCGGUGUUCGAUCGUUUCUCGAAGAGGAACAUCGACGAGAUCGAUACCGCGUUCGACAGCUUCUUCAAGCGAAACAUCGACGAGAUCGAUCGGGUCGGCUGGAAUGGAUUCGUCAAGAGGCUCGAUAAUUACUUGGCGGACAGGCAGCGACGUUAAAUGGCGCGGGAGGACACGAAGGGCGAGAGUGGCGAGACGAAGGGCGAGAAAAGGGCGAAGGGCAGUGAGAGAAAUGCGAAGCACAUCGCGAGACGCGAGGGAAUCGCGCGCGCGGGGUUCGCCGGCGAGUAUUCUUUAACUAAAAAGCGGGAUCGUCCGAUCUCCUCCUUCUCCCUCUGUACGUAAAACCGUCGGAUGUACUUUCAGCCACAGAUACCGGGGGCGAAAAAUAGCGGCCAUUUCGUUAACGACGUCGUAACAUCCGUGAAACGUCGAAGAGGAAGAAAAUAAAAGAACUCUUCGACGACUUAAACUUCCGCGCGCGCGCGCGCGCGCGCACUUCAAUUAACUUCGAUUAGCUGCGAUCGCGCUGUAUUUCCAACUGUAAUUCACUUUUAGAGGAACGAAUUUUCAAGCGUUUAGCUAUCGAGACCCUCGACGUUGGAAACGAGACACGAGGGCCUAUCACGAGCGAUAGUUUUCGCGGAGCGAAAGUCGCGUUCGAGAUACUUCAUGUGGCGAAACGUGUGACUGACAGGACAUCCCUUGGUUCUAGAACACCGUCAACAGACGAAAUCCGCGUCGAAGCGAGACAGAUGUCUUCGGGAGAGUACACAGGGAAUUUAUUUUACUUCAUCGCGAGCUCGCACGCGCGCGCGCGACAGAGAGAGGAAGAUUCUACCCGCCGGAUGUGCGAUGAUCUUUCCCCACGCGAUGCUGACCGACCAAUCGGAACCGAUUCAGGACCCGCUUCGAAUGAACUCUCUCGCUUCUUCGCUGUUGCAGUACCCGGCUACUUUUCGCAGCACGCUACUACAUCGUAAUAAUACGGGCGGCGUGUAUACAUUGUUAAUUGUGUAAUUAAUUGUAUAUACUACUAGACGCGCGCUCGAUGUGAUUGCACGAAUCUUGGGAUUGUAUCGCGCGAAAAGAGAGGAGAGAAAGCGGAAAGAAAACCGAAGAAAUACACGGAGAAAACAAAUUUUACCAGGACAGAAAAUGUUUGUCGAUAUAGUGACAGCGGGAAGAAAUUUGCUUGAACGGCCGAAAGAUUUGUUAAGAAUAUUAAUUGUCCGUAUAUCCAGCAAAUAGUAAUUAAUACUCUUAACAAAACUUUCUGCUGUUCAGACAAAUUUUCCUUUGCCGUCACUAUAUCGACAAACAUUUGCUGUUCUAGCGAGAUUUGUUUUCUCCGUGUAAAUGUUUCGAUGUGAUCGCGAGGAAACGGAACGCGACAAAGACGUCAGCGGGCGCGCGCGUUGUCGUUUCCCCUCCGGCGAGGUUUCUCGGCCCGAGAGGUACUCGCGAUACCUUUACGUUCGCGGUACACGCAACUCGACAAAGACCUCCUCCCUCGCGAUUAAUCACCGUCCGAAAUUACACGGGACGGAAUUGACGUCCCGAGUUGUUUCGAUCUCGGAGUUCUUUUGCCGGAUUGAGAUCGAAUAAUGUGUAACCACGCGAUGCGUCCUACUCCUACUCCCCGUAUGCUGUCAUUCUGCGUAAAGAAAUGUGCUAUCUAAAUAAAUGAGAAUGAUAAUUAACCGCUGGCCGGUCGAGGGUCCGAUUUUACUCUGCAUCUUCGCCGACGAGGGCGGUCGUGGAAAAGUCUUGCGAGAUGGAGCCGAGAGAAAGAGAAA